UUUGUUCCCUCUUAGCUUUUCUCUCUCUCUCUCUCUCUCUCUCGUUUCAUUUCUACGUGUUAUAAUAGUUGUUUGGGAGACGAGAAAGCUAGAUUCGGGGGGGCUUAUGGUUAUGGUUAUGCUCUGUUAUAUAUGUUGAAUUGAAGAAACAGAGAGCUAUAUAGUUUUUAUCAAUCACAGGGUGGGUUUGUUUGUGCCUCGACAAUCGACACCAAAACAAUUUUCAAGAAAAAACCCAGAUGGUGAGAUGCCCUUCAUAUGUAGACGAUUUGAUCUCUUCUUUAGCUUAACUCGACACCGACUGAAUUAUCUUUUCAAUCUCAAAAAUCUUUUUCUUCAACAACUCAGCUUAUUCAAUAAUGGGUAUCACUAUUUUGUUGAAUAUAAUCUCAGCUUCUUAUUCAACAAGGCAAUCGCAUUAUGCCCUUUUGAAGGCUAUUGAAGGCUUGCAAAUUUUGGAAAUAUCCUCAAUUUGCAUCAACUUGAUACUUUUUCUCGUGUUUCUCUUCAUAAUAUCCGCUAGGCAAAUUUUUGUAUGCGUGGGUAGAAUUAGGAUUCUUAAAGAUGAUUCUGUUGCCAGUUCAAGCCCACUUAGGCGAAGCAGUGUUGAUGGAGAAAUUAGAGAUGUCAAGAUUAGUACCUGGUUCAAAAUGGCGUUGUUUUGUUGUUUCUAUGUGUUGUUUCUGCAAGUCUUAGUUUUGGGGUUUGAUGGGUUUGGUUUGAUAAGAAAGGCUGUUGAUGGCAAGGUAGUGAACUGGUCUGCUCUUUGCUUGCCUGCUGCUCAAGGCUUAGCUUGGUUCGUGUUGAGUUUUUCAGCUCUUCAUUGUAAAUUUAAGGUGGCUGAGAAAUUCCCAUUUUUGUUGAGGGUAUGGUGGGUUGUGUCAUUUCUCCUCUGCUUGUGUACUCUGUAUGUUGACGGCAGAGGACUGUUAGUAGAAGGUGCGAGAUACUUAUGUUCUCAUGCUGUGGCAAACUUUGCAGCAACCCCCGCUCUUACAUUCCUAUGUUUUGUUGCCAUUAGGGGUGUUACUGGUAUACAAGUGUGUAGAAACUCUGAACUUCAGGAACCACUGCUUCUUGAAGAAGAAACAGGAUGUCUUAAGGUCACUCCUUAUGGGGAUGCUGGCCUCUUUAGCUUGGCCACACUUUCUUGGUUGAAUCCACUUCUCUCGAUUGGUGCAAAGAGACCACUUGAGCUUAAGGAUAUUCCCCUUCUUGCACCAAAAAAUCGAGCCAAGACUAAUUAUAAGAUUUUGAAUUCAAAUUGGGAGAAAGUGAAGGCUGAGAAUCCUUCCAAGCAGCCCUCUUUAGCUUGGGCAAUUCUGAAGUCAUUCUGGAAGGAAGCAGCUUGGAAUGCUAUCUUUGCUGGGUUGAACACCGUUGUCUCCUAUGUUGGUCCAUUCAUGCUUAGCUACUUUGUUGAUUAUUUAGGGGGAAAGGAAACUUUCCCUCAUGAGGGUUAUGUUCUUGCUGGGAUAUUCUUUGCUGCCAAGCUGGUUGAGACCUUAACAACCCGGCAGUGGUAUCUUGGAGUAGACAUUUUGGGUAUGCAUGUGAGAUCAGCUCUUACAGCAAUGGUGUACCGAAAGGGACUCAAGCUCUCAAGCUUGGCUAAGCAAAGUCACACCAGUGGAGAGAUUGUUAAUUACAUGGCCGUUGAUGUCCAGAGAAUAGGGGAUUAUUCUUGGUAUCUCCAUGACAUAUGGAUGCUUCCUCUGCAAAUAAUUCUUGCUCUAGCAAUCUUGUAUAAAAAUGUUGGAAUUGCUUCUGUUGCAACAUUGAUUGCCACCAUCAUCUCCAUUGUUGUUACUGUCCCUCUAGCAAAGGUCCAAGAAGAAUUUCAAGACAAUUUAAUGGCUGCCAAGGAUGAAAGGAUGAGGAAAACUUCGGAGUGCCUUAGGAAUAUGAGAAUUCUCAAGUUGCAGGCUUGGGAGGAGAGGUAUCGAAAGACAUUGGAGGAGAUGCGGGAUGUAGAGUUCAAGUGGCUCCGGAAAGCUCUUUAUUCUCAAGCUUUUAUUACAUUCAUUUUCUGGAGCUCCCCCAUAUUUGUUGCUGCUGUAACUUUUGGUACUUCUAUAUUGUUGGGAGCUCAACUCACAGCAGGAAGUGUUCUUUCUGCUCUGGCAACUUUCAGAAUCCUCCAAGAACCACUCAGGAAUUUUCCUGACUUGGUAUCAAUGAUGGCCCAGACAAAGGUUUCUCUUGACCGAAUUUCUGGAUUCCUGCAGGAAGAGGACUUGCAGGAAGAUGCAACCAUUGUUCUGCCACGAGGAAUGACGAACAUUGCCAUAGAGAUUGAAAAUGGCGAGUUUUGUUGGGACCAAUGUUCUUCAAGGUCAACAUUGUCUGGAAUAUCAAUGAAAGUGGAGAGAGGGAUGCGUGUGGCUGUUUGUGGCAUGGUUGGUUCUGGUAAAUCGAGCUUGCUCUCUUGCAUACUUGGGGAGAUACCAAAGAUCUCUGGUGAAGUAAAAGUAUGUGGUACUGCUGCUUAUGUUUCUCAAUCAGCAUGGAUACAGUCUGGAAAUAUCGAAGAAAAUAUUCUUUUUGGCAGUCCAAUGGAUAAAGUAAAGUACAAAAAAGUUAUCCAUGCUUGUUCACUGAAAAAGGAUUUUGAACUUUUCUCACAUGGAGAUCAGACUAUUAUUGGGGAUAGAGGUAUAAAUCUGAGUGGUGGCCAGAAGCAACGAGUGCAGCUUGCACGGGCACUUUAUCAAGAUGCAGAUGUUUAUUUACUUGAUGAUCCCUUCAGUGCUGUUGAUGCUCACACUGGGUCAGAAUUGUUCAAGGAAUAUAUAUUGACAGCAUUAGCAAGUAAGACUGUGAUAUUUGUGACCCAUCAAGUUGAAUUUCUGCCUACUGCUGAUUUGAUACUGGUUCUUAAGGAAGGCCAGAUCAUACAGGCAGGAAAAUAUGACGAUCUUUUACAAGCAGGGACAGAUUUUAAUACUUUGGUCUCAGCUCACCAAGAAGCAAUUGAAGCCAUGGAUAUUCCAAAUCACUCAUCAGAAGAUUCAGAUGAAAAUGGGAAUCUGGAUGGGUGUUCUAUACCUAGUAAAAAAUGUGAUACAGCUGAGAAUGAUAUUGACAGUUUGGCAAAGGAAGUGCAAGAUGGUGCAUCAGCGUCAGAGCAGAAAGCAAUAAAAGAAAAAAAGAAAGCCAAACGCUCAAGGAAAAAGCAGCUUGUUCAGGAAGAGGAAAGGGUAAGAGGAAGGGUUAGCAUGAAGGUUUACUUGUCAUAUAUGGUUGCAGCUUAUAGAGGCUUAUUGAUCCCACCGAUAAUCCUUGCACAAGGAUUGUUCCAAUUCCUUCAAAUAGCUAGUAGCUGGUGGAUGGCUUGGGCAAAUCCCCAAACCGAAGGAGAUCAAACUAAAGUUAAUCCUAUGGUCCUUCUGGUUGUUUAUAUUGCCCUUGCUUUUGGAAGCUCCUGGUUUAUAUUUGUCAGGGCUGUUCUGGUAGCUACAUUUGGUUUAGAAGCUGCACAGAAAUUGUUUUCAAAGAUGCUUAGAAGUGUGUUCCGAGCUCCUAUGUCAUUCUUUGACUCUACUCCAGCAGGAAGGAUAUUGAAUCGUGUGUCUAUUGAUCAAAGUGUCGUGGAUCUUGAUAUUCCUUUUAGACUUGGUGGGUUUGCUUCAACAACUAUACAGCUUCUUGGCAUUGUUGGUGUAAUGACAAAGGUUACUUGGCAAGUAUUGUUGCUUGUCAUUCCAAUGGCUGUUGCAUGCUUGUGGAUGCAGAAAUACUACAUGGCUUCAUCAAGGGAGCUGGUCCGUAUCGUUAGCAUCCAGAAAUCUCCAAUUAUCCACCUUUUUGGUGAAUCCAUUGCUGGAGCUGCUACAAUAAGAGGUUUUGGGCAAGAAAAAAGGUUCAUGAAGAGAAACCUUUAUCUUCUUGAUUGUUUUGCUCGUCCAUUCUUCUGCAGUAUAGCAGCUAUCGAAUGGCUUUGCUUACGUAUGGAAUUGCUUUCAACCUUUGUGUUUGCCUUUUGCAUGGUUUUACUUGUGAGUUUUCCACAUGGAGCUAUUGAUCCAAGCAUGGCAGGCCUUGCAGUGACAUAUGGCCUUAAUUUAAAUGCACGUCUAUCACGGUGGAUACUUAGCUUUUGCAAGCUUGAAAACAAAAUUAUUUCCAUAGAGAGGAUUUAUCAAUACAGCCAAAUCCCAGGUGAAGCUCCAUCAUUUGUUGAGGACUCUCGACCUCCAUCCUCAUGGCCAGAAAAUGGAACAAUUCAACUGAUCGAUUUAAAGGUUCGUUAUGCUGAGAAUCUUCCUGUGGUGCUUCAUGGAGUAACCUGUGCAUUUCCUGGUGGAAAGAAGAUUGGCAUUGUUGGCCGUACUGGGAGUGGAAAAUCUACUUUGAUUCAGGCAUUAUUUAGAUUGAUUGAACCAGCCGGUGGGAAGAUCAUUAUAGACAACAUCGAUAUCUCAACAAUUGGCCUUCAUGAUCUCCGAAGCCGUCUUGGUAUCAUACCGCAGGAUCCUACUUUAUUUGAAGGGACCAUCAGAUGCAAUCUUGAUCCCCUUGGAGAGCAUUCAGACUGUGAAGUUUGGGAGGCUCUUGAUAAGUCUCAGCUUGGAGAGAUAGUUCGUGCAAAAGACCAAAAGCUUGAUACGCCGGUGCUGGAAAAUGGAGAUAACUGGAGUGUGGGACAGCGUCAACUUGUUUCUCUUGGUAGGGCUUUACUUAAGCAAGCAAGAAUACUAGUGCUUGAUGAAGCAACAGCAUCAGUUGAUACAGCAACAGAUAAUCUCAUCCAGAAGAUUAUCCGGACAGAGUUUAAGGACUGCACAGUAUGCACCAUUGCUCAUCGUAUCCCAACUGUUAUUGACAGUGAUCUGGUUUUGGUACUAAGUGAUGGUCGAGUUGCAGAGUUUGAUACUCCAGUACGACUUUUAGAGGAUAAAUCAUCCAUGUUUCUAAAGUUGGUAACGGAAUACUCCUCAAGGUCAAGUGGCAUUCCAGAUUUUUAAAUUCGAGGGCAUGCCUCAGAAACCUUGAAGUCAGUGGCAGCAAGAGCAAGAGGGAGUACCUAGAAUGAACUGCUACUACUAUUUGCUUUAGACUCACUCGAAAACAAAACCGGAGGACAAUGGCGGAUGUGAUGCUAUUGAACCAGAGUACCAUCGGAGGAAAAUCGUCUCUUGUAGUUCAAGUUGAUUAUGCGUUAAUUCAUUCCCUCAAAGCAUAAUUGAGGAAUUCAUACACGAAGAAAAUAAGUCUGGUGGGGUAGAGAUUGAGAAUAAUGACAUGGAAGAAGAACGGCUGGUGAUACUUGUUGAUCAGAUCAAUCUUGAAUAAGUAAAGUAGGUUUUAGAAUGAAGAAGGGUUCCUAUGUUGUUAGCAAAUUUGCAGAGAUGAACUAGUGAAUGUCAAUUCCACUGUUUCUAGUGGCAAAAUUCAGUUUAAGCCUACGAGGCCAUAAAUUUUGUUA